ACGAUACGACGCCGUUUUUGGGUUAGCAAAUACGAGACAGAGAGACCUACUGCCAAGGCCAAGGUGCCCAGGCUUUGAGAGAGAGGUCUCCGUCUCCGUCCGUGGUGAAUGAGGAGAGAGUGAAGGGAGGGUCAGAGUCCGACAACCUCGCCAACGAGACCAAGUGGAACCUCAAACCUCAAGUUUGCGUAUUGUGGAAUUUAUUUUUCUAAAUUCUGUUCAGUGGGUUUAUCCCAAGUUGCAUAACGCCAUGGCUUCUUUAUUCAAGGAUCUAACCAAGCUUUCAGCAUAUCGGGAUAGAAGGUUUCCCGGUUCACAAGAGGAAUUUGAACAAGCACUUCUGGCAUCGAAUACUUGUUAUGUUGGGAACAUGUCCUUUUAUACAACUGAGGAGCAAGUUUAUGAGCUUUUCUCCCGUGCUGGAGAAAUUAAGAAGAUAAUUAUGGGAUUGGAUAAGAAUACAAAAACACCUUGUGGUUUUUGUUUUGUAAUAUAUUAUUCUAGGGAGGAUACAGAGGAUGCUGUCAAAUAUAUAAGUGGGACGAUUCUUGAUGAUCGUCCUAUUCGUGUGGAUUUUGAUUGGGGAUUCCAAGAAGGCAGGCAAUGGGGCCGAGGUCGAAGUGGUGGACAGGUGCGUGACGAAUAUCGUACAGACUAUGAUCCAGGUAGAGGGGGUUAUGGAAAAUUAGUUCAGAAAGAGUUGGAAGCUCAGAGGCAGCUUGUGGAUUAUGGUGCUGGAUCGUUGGGCACUUUCCCACCUGUCAUGGCACCUCAAUAUGGUAGACAAGGUGGAAAUCAUGGUCAUGGGGGUUCUUAUCGGCACAACAGAGAUUAUAAUCGGAAAAGAUAUCGAGAUGAUGAUCGUCGUUAUGAGAGCUCCAAGAGGCACUCGGACAAUGACUCACGGAAGAACACUGAUCACGAAUCCCGACCGGAAAAGAAUCCAAGGUUUCGUGAGAGUGGCGACUCUGAUGACGAAGAGGAAGAUGAUGGAAAGCGACGAAACUAGCAAGAUUUACUGUCAUCUCACCAACAACUUACGUUAUUAAUUUUUGUUAAUUUUUAUAGCUUAGUUUGUGCAUUUGGUCGUGUUACAGUAAGCAGGCGAGUAACUGAGUUGUAUGUCUUAACACAAGUGAUUUUAUGCCAAAUGAACCAAAUACUUCUUUGCUUCCA